AUGUCUCCCUCGAAAACGCCAUCUGCCUUGGUAAACUCCGCGUCAACACCUAUGGGCAAAAGAUUAAAAUUUUUAUCCAAGGAAGAGACAGGACUUCCUGAACUAAGGGAGAAAAAAAAUAUGAUGGAUCAUUCAAAACCCCUUCCUACUUCCCUUCAGAAUGAAUUCAUCCCCCAGGAAGUUCUUGUUUCUCUGACCUCUGCAGCUAAUGCUGGCCCUUGUCCAGAAAACUUACUGCCGCCUAAAAAAAUUAAAGCCCCAAAGGGUACUCUUCCCCGCUCUGUUGAUGGAGUGUGGCAACACCCUCUUCGAAGGAAUAAAUUCAGAUAUUUGAUUGACCAUCCUGUUUCCCUAACAGGAGCUGGAAGGGAUAUUUCUUUUCUGUAUGACGUGAGAUAUGUUAAAGGAGAGACUAGAGAGGGUGCAGUCUGUCCUCCACGUUCCAGCCAUUCAUUACAGCCACCUGAUGGUGUCAUUAUGCCUCAUAAGCCAAAGAAACUGACGGAUACUUUGAUUCCUGAAGAAUUUCAUAUUGUGUCAAAUACAGGUGUCUCAGGUUUGGAGUGUUAUGAUGACAAAUAUACUACUCUCCUCACCGACAGUGAAAACAGAUUAUUGCUCUUCCCAUCCAUGAAACCUAAUAAAAGAGUAGAAGUGGUCCAGCUAAAUGAUGUGAUGGAUACUAUGCUAGAGAGGGCUGGUGUGGAAAUUCAGGAAUAUACAGGGCCAACCAAGAUGCACAAACUGCUAUAUACCAUGAAGAAGGAGCAGACCAUUUACAAUACAGUAUUUCAUGAACUUAUUCGACAAGUCAGUGUAGACUGUGCAGAUAGAGGAGAACUGCUGUCCAAAAUCAGAGAGCGGUAUGUUCAAAUGCUUGACCAAAUUGCCCGUCAGAUGAUUGACUUCUACAAAGACAUGGUAACUCAGCGAAUGAUGGACCAGCGCAUUUUAGAAGAAUUGUACAAUUUUAAGAACGUUAUUGAGGAACUGACAAGGGAGCUGUGUCUGGUUAGGGCCCAUGAUGUAAAAUUAACAAAGGAUGCAGAAAAGGCCCACAAGGAUUUGGCACAGGCUCUUUUAGAUGCUGAAAAGAAUGCCAAAAUUGUAGAAGAAUACCAUGACUUAUAUACAUUGCAAAGAGAAAGAAUGGAGAAUGAUAUUAAACAGUUAAUGGCAGAAAGAGAUAUCUGGAGUUCUGCCACAUAUGAAUUAGCCCUGAAGGUAAUUGAAAGAAAUAAAGUCAUAUUGGCUAAAAGGCUUUACCUCAAUGAAAAAGGCUGGAAUAAAUACAGCAAGCAUUUGCUUAUACUGCUAUCAACUAAGGAUACUACAGACCUUGCAAUGUUGCAGAAGUUGACGCAAAGAUGGAAAAUCUUGGUGAAUAAACUCAAAGAGGAAAUACAACAAAAUGAAGAGUCUACGAAGCAGGCGCUGCAAGUUGUUAGGGAGAACUUAAUCAAAUGGCAGCAGUUCUUUGGAAAUAACGGAAAAGACAAUUUACCUCCAAAGAGAAAUGUGUUUGAAUCAGUUAUUUCAGACUUCAAACACUUGUACAAGAUACUGAUUGAAGAAAAGGACAGGUACACUGGUGAUGGUCUACUGUCAAAAUAUGAUUCUCUCAAGAUUAUUAAACACUUACAAGAAAACUGGACAGAUAUUGGGUUUGGAAUAUUUAGUCGCCAUAAAAGUAUGGAAGGGGAGCUGCCACCAGAGCAUCAGCACAUGAUUGAAAUUCUGAAAAACGUAGGAAAACUCUACAGUGAACUGGAAAUAAGAAUAAAUGGGGAUAAUGGUAUUUCUAAAAUUAUUCCAACUUUGCUUAGCUCUCUUGACAUGUAUUCUUUCAAGUUGGAAAGCACGUUGGAGUUUCCUGAAAUGUAUCUUGAAGAACAAAAGGGACUUAUUGAAAAAAUUAAUGAAAUGAUGUCUCAGGUGGAUGCAUUGCUGAGUCUUAUUGCUACUGUCCCGCAGUGCAUGGAUGAGGAAUCUGGCUUGGUGUGCCCAGAACAUAUAUUUAACAGGAUUAAACAAUGGAUUUUGAAGAUAGGCACUGAGAUUAACAAUGGGAACAUUGAACUUCAGCGCCACGUGGAUGAAUUGCACAUAUCUAUGAUCCAGUGGAUGGUAAAUUUGCUGAUUCUAAUGGUGCCUGACUUUGUUGAUCACAACACUCUCCCAAAGUUGGAGAAGAAAAGUGCUGAGGAGCAUGACGUGGGAGUUGCAAAGUUAGAGGUAGAGGCCAUUGCCCUGGCAAAAAAGUUAUACCAGUAUUCCACUUAUUUGAACAGUUGUUGCAAAGGAAUGGUAACAGCUAUAGAUAUGAGUAGAACAGACAUCUCAUCAAAAAUUCCUAAUAAGGAACAUCAUGAACUGAGUAAGAUGAAGAAAGAAUGUUAUGAGUGGAUAACCAUAUGUUCACACCUUCUCUCUGGGCUCAAAGGCAGAGAAAUAAAUUUAUUGACAUUUGAUGAGAAAGAACAGCUAUUUGGAGAAGAGGUACUUGACUUUUUAAUUGAUCCUGAAAUUAGCAAGCCUUUUAAAUUGGAUGAAGAAGAAAGUAUAGAUAAGGAACUUAAGGAAAAGAGAGAACAUGAAAUAGAAGAGGAACCAUCAACAUCUGCGAAGCUGGAAAAAUUAAUCCGAUUCAUUGGAGAUGAUGAAAAUGUUUAUUCCAAACCUCUGUUUGAAUCAGAUAUAUUUUCUUCCUGGAGAGAGGCAGCUAAUCAAAAUACAUUGGCUCAAAAGUAUCUGGAAGCAAUGAUUAUAAUUGAAUGCACACAGGAGAAAUUAAUGCAAGUUGAAAGUAGAGCCAGACAAGCAGAGGAGAAAUUUGAUGAUAUAAAUGAGAAAUUCCAUUACACCCUUAUUAAAAAAAAAAAUCUGGAGAAAGAACUAGAAGAACUUAUGAAGUCCAACGAGAAGGCUGAAGAAAUACAAGAAAAUGGAGCAGAGAGAGAAGAAGAAAGUGAAGAAGAAGAAGAAAAAGAAGAAGAAGAAAUCAAGCCAGUACAACAAAAUUCCUCAAGAUCUCUAAAGAAAGAAACACAUCGAAAGGAGGGAGGUCCUUCCAGCAGUAAAUCCAAAACUGGGACUAAACCCAAUCACAACAUAAAACCCAAAUAGCAUCCAUAUGGUGUCUUUGCUAUAGAGUGGACAACACAGAUCAACUGGCGACACUUCCUUUGCAGCAACAACUAGAAAAACUAUGACA